UAGAAAUUAAUUAGUUGUGUUACUGUGAUGCAAAUGUAUUUAUUUCUGACGCAAGUGCGCAGGUGCAUGUAAAUGUGCUGAAACGCUUUUUUGUUUGUUUGUUUACAAAGCAGCACUUUGACUGCACAGUACCUGCGACAUAUGGCAAAAACAUUACACUCACCUGCUCGGUUAAAAAAAACCAGUUUAUCGUGAUUCACACCUGUCGCACUCCUAAGCAAUUUCUAGUUUGCUUCCUACUUAAACCCCCGCCUCAUUUAUAAGCGACGGAUUUGGAGCCAUUUUAGCCAACGGAUUAAAGUCUGCCAGAGAUAAUGCCACUUGAGCCACUUUUGAGUCACGUGACACAACACGGCCCAAGGUUUUUUUGUUUUUGAGUUGUAUUAUGUUUUUUAAGACACUGAAGGUUGCACAUAAUAUAUUUGACCAUGUCAUGAAUGAAUCUCUGAUAUUGUUUCGAUUUUUAAUCCUAACAGGCUGCCGGACGUUUUAUACACCAUAACCGCAGUUGUAUUGUAUUUUCUGUAUUCGUUAUGCCGGUGACUCUAAAAGGAUGCUCCCUCUAGUGGUACAUUUAUCUCUUUUGUUUUAAGAACUCUUAGGCCCGCUAUGCUACUAUUUUUAACAUCAGUUCAAGCUUAUAUCUAUAGCCCUCAGCCCUUGUUGUAAUACUGGACAAUAUGGUGGUACUUGUAAAUAGCUGAGUUUAUUUUUAGGUGCUACUUGGUGUAAAAAGCCAAGAGCCACUGACUGUUCAGCAUCACAGCCAGGGGUUGGAUCCUCUUCUAGCUGACUUGGGGAAAGUCUGGCAACAACCUGCCAGUCAAGGCAAUUAUUUUUGGUUGUAGCUGCAUUCUCAAUGUUGGGUGUUUCAGGUUUCCGCAUUGUACUUGUUGGCCAGACACUCGUCAAUCCAGUUCAUAUUCCCGCGAGUAUUUUCAUAUGUAACGCAUGCUAACACUCCCCCCCUACACGUGACGCCAACUGAUGUCGGUACACUCCACGCCGAACAAACAACGCGCUGUGUAUUGAUCCCUAAAUGCUACGAGCUGGUACCUUUUUGCCCAUUCACAACCAUCAAUCAACGUCAAGGUGGUCCUGAAUUAAAAAGCGUGCCGGCCUUUAUCGUCAUCUAUCAUUUGCAAAACAAUGUUAUGUUGCAGCAAUCAUGCGAUUAAAAACCCUAAGACAUAUUUUUUAAAUAAAUAAAUCACGAUUUGAUAAUGUUCUUUAAUUACUAGUUGACUGUUUGUCGUCAGAAUGAGACAGGCCGCACUGUCGCCAUUAUAAAACUCAUUGUACAGGCAAUAUUUUAAUUAUUAAUGUUUAGUGUAGUCGCGCAUAUUAAAGUAUAAAGAGAAAAAGACUAAAAGAAGACUGCACAUAAUGUCAAUGUGAGUGUGAAUGCUGCUAGGCUUUUGCACGUAUCACUACACACACACACACACACAUGGUACACUGCCAAAGAGAAGAGGACGUUUGAGGUUUUACGUCAUGUCGAGUAUGCGUGUGUGCAGUAUUGAUCCAGGUUAACCCCGCCGGGACCUGCGCCGAUAGUCAAGCAGGCACUUGGACAGGCUCAGCCCUCGGCCCUCCACCUCCACUUGCAAUAGCUUAUGGUGGGCAGAUUAAAGGAUGAGACCUGAUGAACAAGCUGCACGCACAUAAAGCAGCGAGCGGCCGUGAGGGGCAAGCGGGUGGCGCCGGCCCGCGUCUACCUGUCGAGCGGGGGAACACUUUGCAUGCAUGUGGGGGAGUAGGAAGAUUCAGAUCCGGAACAUUCCUCCUCAUUUCCAGUGGGAGGAUUUCGACGGUCUGCUGGCUCGAUAUGGUACUGUAGAAAAUGUGGAACAAGUCAACACUGACACAGAAACAGCCGUGGUGAAUGUUACGUACGCAACCAAGGAGGAAGCUAAAGAAGCCAUUGAGAAGUUGACAGACCAGCAGUGCGACGACUUCUCCUUGAGGGUGUCGUACAUCAUGGAUUUGGACGCCGCUCCGCCAGCACAGGCCGCCCGAGGUCGACGCGGCGGCCGGUUGUCACGAGACCAGGACACCCCUCAGCCCGGACCUUCGGGAGGCUUUGGCGCACCGCGGACCCGACAACAGCAGGAUUUUCCUUUGCGCAUGCUCGUGCCUACUCAGUUUGUAGGCGCCAUCAUCGGCAAGGAGGGACUCACCAUCAAGAACGUCACCAAGCAGACGCAGUCCAAAGUGGACAUCCAUCGGAAGGAGAACGCAGGCGCGGCCGAGAAACCCAUCACCAUCCACUCAUCGCCGGAGGGCUGCUCCUCGGCCUGCCGCAUGAUCCUGGACAUCAUGCAGAAGGAGGCCAACGAGACCAAGACGCCGGAGGAGAUUCCUCUGAAACUGCUGGCCCACAACAGCCUGGUGGGCCGCCUCAUUGGGAAGGAGGGCCGCAACCUGAAGAAGAUCGAGGAGGAGACAGGGACCAAGAUAACCAUCUCCUCGUUACAAGACUUAACCAUUUACAACCCAGAAAGGACCAUCACGGUGAAGGGUAUCUUGGAAGCGCUUUGUAAAGCCGAGGCGGAAAUCAUGAAGAAACUGAGGGAGGCGUAUGAGAACGACAUCGCUGCUAUAAAUCAACAGGCCAACCUUAUCCCGGGCUUGAACCUCAACGCUCUGGGCAUCUUCUCCUCUGGUAUGCCGGUGCUGCCCCCAGCUGCUGGACCUCGCGGCUCAGCCAACUCUGUGGCACAGGCAGGAUACAACCCAUUCUUAAGUCACUCUUCACAUCUCAGUGGCCUGUACGGGGUUCCUCCAGCAAGUGCCAUCCCCCACCAGCACUCAGCUCCAGAACAGGAGGUUGUCUACCUCUUUAUUCCAACUCAGGCAGUGGGAGCUCUCAUUGGCAAGAAGGGCCAGCAUAUUAAGCAGCUCGCCCACUUUGCUGGAGCCUCCAUCAAGAUCGCCCCAGCUGAGAGUCCCGAUGUCACAGAGAGAAUGGUGAUCAUUACCGGCACGCCAGAGGCUCAAUUUAAGGCCCAGGGUCGGAUAUUUGGCAAGCUGAAAGAGGAGAACUUCUUCUCGGGGAAGGAGGAAGUCAAACUGGAGACGCACAUCAAGGUUCCUUCUACUGCAGCCGGAAGGGUCAUCGGGAAAGGUGGCAAGACGGUGAAUGAGCUUCAAAAUCUUACAAGCGCUGAGGUCAUCGUACCGCGGGACCAAACUCCAGAUGAGAACGAUCAAGUGUUUGUGAAGAUCAGUGGGCAUUUCUUUGCCAGUCAGACUGCACAGAGGAAGAUCCGGGAGAUCAUUCAGCAGGUCAAACAGCAGGAACACAAACACCAGCGAGGCGCCGCCAGUUCACCGCAACACUCCAAGUAACCGGCAGGCGCCGACCAAUGAAUGUAGCCCUCCCCAAAAUGGACAGAGACCUCUAGUCAGACAACGGCCGCGGCCCGCGAGGGAACGCGCAGGGCAGACCAGCAGCGGCGGGAUCAAAAAAAGAUAACCAAAGAACUUCAUCGAGGAGGGGAAGCGAGCGAGAGCCAAAGGCGGUGAGCGACGUUCACAUGCACUGCCAGCCCUGCGACAGCACACGCCGCAGCAGGACACUGAUAUUGCGAGAACAGCUAAACAACAACACGAAAAGCGGAGAAGCGUCGUCGUCACGAGGUAAAACAGGAACUAGCACGUCACUCUGCGUAUUUGUUCUCUUUAGUUGGAUUAACAUAAUGUAGGCCUAACACGGAUAAAGCGACUGUAUUAACGACACAAUUAAAAUGAGAUGGAGAUGAACUAUCCUUAGCAGUAUUAACACAGGGUAGACGACUUUAUUGACAUUUACAAGAGCAACCACACUGAGCAGUUCCCCUACUUUGGAAGAAAGAAAAAAAAAUCAAAAAGUGCAAGCCCCAUUUGGAAAUAUGGUGAAUGUUUUUUUGCAACAAGCCUCUGUGUGUGAAUGUGUGUGUUUGUGUGUGUGUGUGUGCCAAUGCUUCUCAUCAAUCUUUUUUCCCUUUUUUUAAUCACUCUCUCAUCAGUCAAAUUUGGUAUUGUAGGAGGAUAAAGAAUACGUGAAUGUGUGAAAUUCCCCCUCGUCUGUUGUAUAGUACAUAUAUGCAUUUCAAUGAACUGGAAUUUCAGUCGUUACACUAGUUGAAAUCAAAAAGUGAAGCUUGGAUAUCACGAAUUGAAAAUUUUAAAGGGCCAAUUUUUUACCGAAUUCUGAAUUAUUUCUUACAUAAUGUAGUUUCUUGAGAUAGAGAUGACUGUAAGCUAUUGUGGAAAUGAUAAAAAAUUAAAUCAUGAAAUAUUUUACUCUGUGUAAGUAUCUAUAUUGCAGACAAGUUUCACUCUUUGAAUUGAACUACUAAACUGAAGCUUUCAUCGAUAUUCUCAUUUAUUGAGAUGCACCUAUAUGCGCUUGGCUUAAAUAAUGGUCCUAUUGAUAAAUGGUCCUAUUGAUAAAUACUGCAACCACUUUUAAAGAGCAGAACAAACAAAUGGACUUAACUACUGUUAGUCUUACUACUCAGUAGAACCUUUUUGCGUGACGUCACUUCCGCUACUCGUGUUCUCUAAUGGAAUGAGACAUGAAUACCAAAAAUAGUUAUCUAAAUUAUAUUUUAUUUUCCCUUGAUUGGCUAUGGGCAAAAUAAAUAUAAUCUCUGAAUAAAAGUAUUUUAAAAAUUCCAUGCCAGUGGGGAAUUGAAUGAACAUUGUUGAGGAAUGUGUUUAAAUGGAACUCAAAUUCCCAUACCAACAUCACGCGCAUCUUUGGAAAGUAGAGCCUCAAAAGCAACAGUUUGCACUCCGUUGUGAAUCUGUUGCAAAUAAUUAACAAAAUACACAUUAAAAAUAAUGGAAAGUAGUAUACAUUUAUUCCACAAUCUUUAAAACUUUAAAGUCCCUGUUAAGUAAAAAUAAAAAUGUCUAAAUCUGACACACCAGAGAAAUGCGUUCUUAUUAACCCUGCUAAAUUUGAAUAAUUCAAAAUAAAAUCGCAAAGUAUUCAAAAUAAAGCUUCUGCUCUUCUGCUCAAUUCUAAAACAACAAGCGCGAGGCAUUCCUUAUUUGAAAUGUGGACGUUUGCUGUCAUAUUCCAUUUGCAAAUACAAGUAGCGGAAAGUGAAGCGAUGUGACGUCACGCCGAAAAGCGUCCACGGUUUUGAAUGUGCGCACACUCGGCCUUAUGGGGGCGUUACGUGAGGAUGGCUGUGUGAUUUUGCAUUGAGGCAAAUGUGAAGGCAGGGGUGGCACUUUGAUGCUGCCCCUCAGUGGCACAACGUAAGCGGGCUGGCGUUACCCUCUCUCAGGGUCCGGGGAACUUUGUAAAAAAAACAAACAAAAAAAAAAGGGGGAGCGUGACAACUGUGAAUGUAUCAAACGCAGCCUUUUUUUUUUAACUUUAAUUCCAAAAGACAACAAAGCAGCCCUUGCCUUGUUCAGCUGGCCAGACACCGUGACCUUGAAUUUAAUUUCCUAUGCUGGCCGCGCGGGUCCGUCUAAAGCCUUAUUUUAUCACUCUUCAUCGCAAAGGCUAUUGCCACACUUUCCUCUGUGUGCGUGUGCGCGUGUGUGUGUAAAUAUAUAAAUAUAUAAAAAGAGAGAGCAAUAUUUAUGAAUCUAUUUUUUUCCUAUUUUGUGAUGAGAGCUAUUGAUUAUGAAUCAAAAGAAAAUGAAAAGUCCUUUUUUUUUUUUGCCCUCACUGGGACACUGCCAUUUUGUUUUGAAGGGAAGCGUUUAUUUUCUUGAAAAUGAAUAUAAAGAGAAAAAAAAAAUGAAGAAAAAAAAUAUGGGAGAACAUUAAAAGUGAACCACCGCAGGAUGUAAACAGUGCGCAUGUCAGUAUUGUGAUCUACCUCAGGCUUCAGGGUACCUCAGUCCAAUCUUUCAUUUCCCCUCACCAAACCCCCGCCCCCCCUUUUUGGGACAUUUUGUAUGCCUUGUUAACUGAUCAUUUUUGAUCCCUUUUCUUUUUUUAAUGAAUUUACAAAACAAAGAAAAAAACGAAAAACAAGAUGAGUAGUCUAUGCCACGUGACCUCUUUGCUGAGACGUGAGUUUCAAAACGGUAAAUCGAAAAGUAGGAUGGAACGGGGUUGUAGGUCCGAACGGCGUCGCUAAAACGACGAAAGAAAGCAAAUGCAAAUCCGCCGAUAGGAACUAACCAAGUGUACCUCCUAAAAAUGAAACAAAACAAUGUGGGGAAUUGGUGAUGGGUUGAUUAUGCUUCUUGUACCUUUGGAAACCUUGUUAAAUUCUAAUCAGCCAUUGCAAUUUGCCUCUGGUUUGGAAAAUCACAUUUUAUUCUUUUACUGAACUGAAUUUAAAAGAAUGGAACAGACUUUCCAAAGGUAAACAAAGCAUUGUUACAACAUGACAAAUUCAUUUUCCUUAAUGUUUUGUUUCAUCUUUUUUCCCCCUAACUGUACCUCCAGGGGGAAACAAAAUCACCUGUGAAAAAGAAAUGUUAUAACACACCAACUGUCUAAUUCUCUGUUGGUUGAUAGUGAUUUUUAUUUCUCUUUUUUUUUUAAAACACAAAAAGAUACACAGAGCUGCAAAAAUACACUGACUCUUAAAUAUAGUGUACCAAAAAAAAUCAUGUAGAAUGUAGAACUUAUAGCUGGUGACACUAGUGGAUGUGAGACGAUAGAUUUGUUCAAACGUGUACAAGAGCGUCUCACGCAAACGCAUAUCCUGUUUCCUGUUGUGACCUGAGCGUCACCGCCGUUUGCCCUAAUCCCUUUUUUUUCUUCUUGCUGUGUACAUUUGACAAUUACCUCUCUGAAUCAAAGGCUGACGUUUAUUUUUUUAAGUUCCUCCAGCGGUCGUGGGGCAGUCGGCGGCCAUCACGGAGUCCCGGUGAACACACACACACAUAGCUAACUGUGACCUCACACAAUGCCUCGCUGCUUCCUUCUCCCGAUCGUAGCUGGCGAAUGUAGCGCUCCCAACAGGGGGCGCUCCGCUAGUUGACCUCUUUGUCUUUUCGACUUUGCAGAGGACCGUCUGUCUGUCUGCCAUCUGUCUUUGGGGCUCUUUUAAGUGCGGUGUUCCCGCUCCAAGGUUGGACGCUCAUCCUUUAGCCAGGAUUAUGCCGUUUUCUAAAAUUUUUGGGGUUGUUGCUAGACUUUUAAUAUUCAAAACCACACUUAACACACAUCACUGAGGGUGUAUUAGUAGCGAUGUUUAGUCAUAUCACAAUGGUGGUUGGAUAGUAGUCUUUUCCUUCUAGGUUUAUUUUGUCUCUCGUCGAUCCGGUUUUCUCGUCACCGACACUGUUCUGAUGAUGAUUCUUAAAGUUUCAUUUGGGUUAGACUGCUGCCAAGACUUGGCUGUACCACCGUGGCAUCAAAUAGGCAAGUCGACGUUAAAGUCAAAAUCGGCAGUCCGUUGAGCGCUGACCUCCGCCAAGGUCAAAACAAUACUUGUUGGGAUUUAUUAAGACAUGUCCAAGUAUGCAUUUUUGCUUCUGUAAAGAAUUGGACUGUGUUUUGCUACAUGUGAAAUGUUAGGGCCAUCUCGAAGGGGGAACAUAACACUCUGAGAAUUUUAGAUUUGAAGGAAUAAAGUAAAAUUAAAUUCUGAGAAUAAAAUAAGAAAACCAAAAUUGUAUGAUUAAAAAGAAAUAAAUUAUUCCAAAUUCCCUUUCAUUUGUAUGGAGAGACAUGAUUUGAGAUAUGAGUGUUUUGAAUUGUGGUCAUGAAAUCAAUUCAACUCAUAAGUCAAGGCACGGCUUUGUUGGUGUUUCUUUUUACCGUCUUUUUACCGUAGUUGUAAUUCUUUUUCUUCUGCGUGGCCUCAAUGGCGUCGUUGUUUCUGCGUAAUGCUUUUAACGAAACAAAACCCACAUUAACUUCCUUGGCGGAGGUCGUGUAGAAAUAAAAGUAGAUUGACAAGAGGAUUCACGUGUGUAAUAAUAGAACUUAGGACACGGUAGGGCAGAGCGCAUUUGGAUGACUUCAACUGCAGCAGUUUUUUGUUCAAUGACGUUUGGAUGCCAGACGCCUCAUAUAGCACUAAACUUCUACUAGUGGUUUUACACAUCUCGCCAUUUGGGAGAUUCCUCGUGUGUGAGUGUGUGUGUCCAACAAGUGAAACCCCUCCAAUGUCCCCCAGGCCGAAAGGUCUCUAACAUGUCAAUAGGUCACGGAUGAUGUGCGCCGGACUGACAUGGGGUCCGCGUUUUGACGCUUUUUAUGGCGGACCUGUGCCUUUCUGGUCCCCGAGCGUACUGUUGUUUUGACUUGUGAGUGAACUGUAUUGCUGAGCAAAUCUGGAUCUGAGCAAUAAACACCAUUUGAAAGAU